AUGCCGGGUUUCGAUUUCUCCAACUACAACCGCAAUGCGGCACUACAUGCCAGAGGCGUGCCUCUUCCCAAAGCCACCAGCACGGGCACAACCAUUGUAGGCUGUAUAUUCGACGGCGGUGUUGUCAUUGCUGCCGAUACCCGAGCCACAUCAGGUCCUAUUGUCGCCGACAAAAACUGCGAAAAGCUGCACUAUAUCUCGCCCCAGAUCUGGUGUGCAGGAGCCGGCACCGCCGCCGACACCGAAUUCACCACGGCCCUCAUCUCGUCUCAGCUAGAGCUGCACUCGCUCUCUACGGGCCGCAAACCCCGAGUCGUCACCUGCAUGACGCUCCUGAAGCAGCACCUCUUCCGCUACCAAGGCUACAUUGGUGCGUAUCUGGUCGUCGCGGGCUGCGACCCGACGGGCACCCACCUGUUCACCGUCCACGCCCACGGCAGCACCGACAAGUUGCCCUACGUCACCAUGGGCAGCGGUAGCUUGGCCGCCAUGAGUGUUUUUGAGACACAGUGGAAGCCAAAUUUGACGCAAGAGGAUGCCGUCAAGCUAGCCAGCGAGGCCAUCUUGGCUGGUAUCUUCAACGACUUGGGCUCCGGUUCCAACGUGGAUGUUGCCAUCAUCACCAAGGACAAGACGACGCUCAAGAGGAACUACAUUAAGCCUAAUGAGAAGAGCGCCAAGUUGCAGAGUUACGCAUACCCCAAGGGCACGACGGCUGUUCUCAAUGAGAAGAUAAUCAAGAAGAAUGAGAUUGGGCGAUACGUUACCGUCACAGAAGUGCCACUUGAGGGGGAGAAGAUGGACGUGGACACUUGA